AUGUCGAAGGCGUGGGUCGACGAGUCCAAGGAGGGCCACGUCGCCAUGAAGGACUUCGACGUCGACGGCGGCGUGAAUGGCGACGGCAUCGUCGACAACGCCGAGAUGCUCGCGGGCCUCAAGAGCAUCCGCGCGCCGACGGACCGCGAGCGGCUCACGAACGACAUCCUGAACACGUCCGUCAUGAGCGCGCUCGUCGGCGGCUUCGCCCUGGGGUCGCUCUCGCCGCCGGGCGACAAGAACCUCGACAAGUACGUCUACAUCUGCGCGUACGUCGCCGUGCACGCCUGCACGUGCUCCGCGCUGACAUCCGCGUUCCUCUACGCGGCCGUCAACGGCAUGGCGGACGCGGCCGUCGCGGGCUGGGCCGCGAAGAACUGGCCGCUGCUGGCGCUGCCGAUGAUGAAGUUCGUCGUCGGCACGAUGUGCUACAUGACCUCCGUCAUCCUCACGUCCUACCGGGACCUCGGCGGCGCCGAGUCCCUCGAGAAGUGGCAGAAGCUCGCGCUCUUCAUCGGCGUCAUGAGCGUGGCCAUGGUCUGGGGCGCCUUCUUCUGGAUCCGCCGCUCCAUGGCGGCCGCGCCCAAGACCGCGCCCGCGGGGCCGCCCUUCCAGCUCUUCAUGUGCGCGCAGAAGUCCGAGAUCCCCGUCACGCCCGGCGGGUGCAUGUUCUGCGUGAGCCGCGCGAUCUCCUCGGAGACGUGCAUCGAGCGGCUCUACGAGGCCCGCCGCAGCCUCACGCUGUUCACGCUGGUCGUGAACCUCUGCUUCGGCAUGGCGUUCUCCAUCACGACGUUUAACGUCGUCGGCCGCUGCGUGACCGAGCCCUGCGUGGCGGAGACGGCGGGCCUGCUGCGCAUCAACAGCGGCACGUCCUUCGGCCUGCUGCUCACGGGCUUCCUCUUCAUCCUCCAGCCCGUCUACGGCCUCUGGUUCUUCCGCGUCAAGUGCUCGGACGUCGUCGGCGGCGCGUUCGUCGGCGCGACGGUCAUGCUGAGCCUCCAGGCCAUGAUGACGUCGAGCCAGUGGUCCUACGUCGCCAAGGGCGUGGCGACCAUGGACCCCAUCGUCGCGUCGUCGGGCGUCGUCGUCAAGGGCAACGAGACGUUCUUCUCGGCGUUCGAGGCAAUCGCCGCGCUCGCGGGCCUCAUGUGCGCCCUGCUCAUCCUCAACGCCAUCGAGCUGAGCUUCUGCCUCGAGUACUUCUGCGACAACGACGCCGCGAAGCUCCGCGCCCAGCGCUUCGCCGAGAGAAUACGGCGAGGCUACCAGUACCAGGGCGUCCACCAGUCGUCGGACGCGACCGUCGACGACGACGACCUCGACGACGACAUCUAG